GGCAAUUCGUAGAUGUUGUAAUUCUGACAAGUUCGUUAUCAACAAUUAUAUCUGAUGGAUUGAACAAGACCGAAGUUGAAUUAUAAAUUGAGACGUUACUUUCAUUUCAAGCUAUACCAAAAAGUAGGUAUUUCGUAAAAUGAUCCUCAGAAUUGUCAAAACCGUUUUUUCAUUAUUGAUGAUGCACUGCCAUUUUGUAUAUAGUGAUCCAAAUAUUGCAUGUCACAGUAAUUCUUCAACAUUCGUGGGCGAAAAAUUUCUUCAAACAAUUUUUUCACAAAAAGGAAGAUCUUCAGAAUAUCAUGGGAUAGGUAAUAUCAAUUUUAUAUUCAGUGAAGAUCACACAGUUUACGACAAAGUUUUCUGGGUUUCUUUGAUAACCUUUGUAUUAUAUGUAGUAUACAUCAGAGCAAAAACUAAUUUUAGGAUAGAAUAUCCAGAUGAAAUAGAAUCCCAAUUCCUAUAUGGAAUUGUGAGCUUCAGGAAAAUGAUAGCUCCUGAUCCAUACCUCGAUUCUGAGAUGAGGGAUAAAGAUUCAAUGUCGCAAGUCAGCAAUGGCCCAAUUAUAGUUUUUUGGAUAAUAUGGUAUUGCCUAAACUUUUUCUCUUUAGAUGAAGUAUUUGGGGUUACUCAUAAACACAUUGAAGAUUUGACCCAGCUCGUGAUUGCCUUAUUCAUAUAUUUCAUAAAUAUUGUAGGCUGUUGUAUAGUAUUUGAUAUAUGUGUGUCCUCACCCAUGAAGUAUUAUGAAAAAUGAAUUAAAGUAUUUAAUUUAA